AUGAUUGAGAUUCACGACCUGCGGCUGGCAAGGCACUACUCAGGCUUAGGGGUAUCUGACGAACCCCAAUUCUCAUGGCGCUAUGCUGCGAGUGGCGACAACCCAAGCGGAUGGGUACAGACUUCCUAUGAUAUCGAGAUAGAGAGGCCGAGUGGUUCCGGUCAAGUUACAGUCUUUCGCAUCACGAGCUCAACUUCGUUCUCAGAGCCCUGGCCGGACAGACCACUGGUCUCUCGAGAAAGGGCGGCAUUUCGGGUCAGAGCACAUGGCAGAAUCCAAAGCACAGCUGGCUCAAGAUCAUUGAACUCAACCCCAUGGUCGGAAUGGGUGCAGAUCGAGGCUGCCCUUCUUGCGCGCAGCGAUUGGACUGCGAGCUUUAUAACAUCCAGUCUUUCACCCGCAACGGCUGCUGGGGAGGAUGGACUGAGGCCAAUCCGCCUGAGAAGGGCUUUCAGCGUGGACGCACAGGUCUCACCCGUGAAAGCUCGGCUAUAUAUAACAGCUCUGGGUCUGUAUGUGGCAUAUCUGAACGGGCAUCGCAUCGGCGACGGUCAUAUGACGCCUGGAUAUACAAGUUACCACCACCGUAUCCAAUAUCAAGUCUAUGAUGUGACCGCCAUGCUUGUGUCGGGGUCAGAAAAUAUACUAGCCAUCGAGGUCGCUGAAGGCUGGUACGCGGGACAGAUUGCCUGGGAUGAACAUUCUAAAUGUCUCUACGGCGAGGAAUUAGGGGUACUGGCCCAGUUGGAGAUCUUUGAUGAGGAGGGAAAGCCUCCGUCUCUCCGCCUAUGCUCUGAUCAGACAUGGGAGAGCAAGCUCUCCCCCAUACUGGCUAGCGGAAUCUGGGCUGGAGAAUUCUACGAUCGCCGGCUUGAAACUCCGGACUGGAACCGAAACGUCCGGUCGGACUUGGAGCCAUGGCAGCCAGUGAAGCUGAUGACGUUCCCUUCUGCGAAGUUGGUGGCCAGCUCAGCACCCCCUGUGAAGGUAAUCGAAACUGUCCAGCCCGUCAGGAUUUUCUGUAGUAGCUCGGGGAAGACACUGGUCGAUUUUGGACAAAAUCUAGUAGGCAGAAUUCACAUCCACCGGCUGAAAAAACCCCUUGGCCACCGACUGCAGAUACGGCACGCAGAAGUUUUGGAGGAUGGCGAGCUUGCGGUUCGCCCUCUUCGUCGGGCGAAGGCUACAGACACUGUUAUCUUCGGUGAGGAUGAUGGGCUCGUUGACUGGUCGGUUCACUUUACGUAUCAUGGGUUUCGCUUUGUUGAAUUCGAUGGAUGGAGCGCAGAGGACACAACGGAUCCGUUGACCGUCAGUGCUGUCUCGGCUCUGGUAAUGCAUACUGACAUGGAUCGCACCGGGUAUUUCGAAUGCUCCAAUAGUCUAUUAAACCGGCUACAUCAGAAUGUCGUGUGGAGCAUGCGGGGGAACUUCUUCUCGAUACCAACCGAUUGCCCCCAGCGGGAUGAGCGAAUGGGCUGGACGGGAGACAUCCAAGUGUUCUCACCCACUGCCUCCUUUCUCUACGAUUGCGACAGUAUGCUUGCAAACUGGAUGAAAGAUGUUAUCUACGACCAGAAGGACACCAAUGGCGUGGUCCCAUUCGUGGUCCCCAACUGUCUCUCGAAGUGGAAAUGGCCGGUCCUUGCACAAGCUAUCUGGGACGACGUUGUGAUUUUGCUCCCCUGGAUACUGUACCAGUACUUCGGUGACCUUGAGACACUGCGCCAAAGUUAUUCUGGGAUGCAAGACUACCUUGAUACUGCAAUUCCAAGGGGGGAGGAUGGAUUAUGGGAUCCGAACGUGUGGCAACUUGGGGACUGGUUAGACCCUAACGCACCACCCCAGGAGCCUGGCUUGGCGAGGACUGAUGGUACUCUGGUCGCUGACGAGUACCUUGUCUAUGUGACGGGAGUUAUGGCCAAGAUCGCUGACAUUCUUGGACACGCCGACGAUUGCACAAGAUACCGCCAUAGCCACGAUCGUCUGACGCAGGCAUUCCAGGACAAGUACAUGGCCCCAUCAGGUUUAAUCGUGGGUGAUUCGCAAACUAGUCUUGCCCUUGCACUAAAUUUCUCCCUGUACGGUGCUUCGGACCCUGCGGCUACCGGCUCUGAUGCCCGGAAUGUGUGCAAGAAACGAGCGAACGCAGCAGAUCGCCUGGCCCGUCUAGUCCGAUACGCAAAGUUCCGCGUUAGCACAGGCUUUGCAGGUACCCCGGCAGUUCUUCACGCUCUGUCCUCAACUAGCCAUCUGCAGAUCGCCUACCGCAUGCUGCUUGAAGAGGAAUGCCCGUCGUGGCUGUACGCCGUGAAGAUGGGCGGAACAACAGUCUGGGAACGUUGGGAUAGCAUGCUACCGGAUGGCUCAGUCAACCCAGGCAUGAUGACUAGCUUCAACCACUAUGCUCUUGGCGCUGUUGCGAACUGGCUACAUACGGUGGUUGGAGGACUACGCCCCCAAGCCGAACACCCCGGGUGGCGCAAAUUCAUCGUGCAACCACGACCGGGAGGGACGGUCACCAGUGCCCAGGUUGAAUUCAAGUCUCCCUGUGGCCUGAUCCGGUGUGCGUGGCGAGUUCUUGACGAAGAAGCAGGCCAGGUGUUCCACAUGGAGCUUACCGUGCCACCAAACAGCAAUGCUCUAGUUAUACUGCCGCACGGAAAGCCAUCUGAAGCCCGGACUUUCAAGCUCAACACUGGCGCAGAAAUCCCUGCCAUUGGAUUUGGCACCUGGCAGGAUGCCGAGGCACAAGAGAAUGCUGUGGCUGAAGCCAUUAAGGCGGGAUAUCGCCACAUUGACACUGCGCGAGUUUACGGAACCGAGAACGCUGUAGGAAAAGCCAUCAAUAAGAGUGGUGUGCCCCGUGAGGAGCUUUUCAUCACGACCAAGCUCUGGAACAACAAGCAUCACCCCGAUGACGUCGCUCAGGCCCUUCAGGAUUCGCUCAACGAUCUGGACCUGGAAUAUGUUGACCUUUACUUGAUGCAUUGGCCUGUGGCGUGGAAGCGAGGAGAUGAGCUUUUCCCCAAGGAGAAUGGAAAGCCGGCUGUCAUAGAUGUUGACUUCGUUGAUACUUACAAAGCAAUGGAAAAGUUGCUGUCCACCGGAAAGGUCAAAGCAAUUGGUGUCUCGAACUUCUCCAAGGCUGAGAUGGAGCAUCUGCUUAAGAAUACCUCGGUCGUGCCCGCGGCACAUCAGCUAGAGGGCCACCCAUGGCUGCAGCAGCGUUCAUUCGUCGACUGGCACAAAGAGAAGGGCAUCCAUGUCACUCACUACUCUCCCUUCGGAAAUCAGAAUGAGCUCUAUAGCCGUGAAGGUACUAUUGGCAAGUUAAUUGAUGACCCGGUACUGGUGGAGAUUGGCAAGAAGUACAAUAAGAGCUCUUGCUUGGGGUGUCACGCAGGGCCAUUCGGUGCUUCCCAAGUCCAAGACUCCCUCGAGAAUCAGGGACAACUUGGCAGGAGACUUCAAGCUAAGCGAGGAAGAUAUGCAGAAGAUUCAUGGAAUCGACAGGAAACUUCGUUUCAAUGA